UUUCAGUUCAAUCCCAACCUCACCAUAAUUGUGUGGCACACAAAGGGAUAGCCUUCGGCUCUGUGAAGAUAUUCAAAAAUUGUUUUCACCAAUCAUUCCCAGAAACUAAACUAACAGGAAAAUAAUAAUAAUACAGAAACAAGAAGAGGAAGAACAGCAGCAGCAGAUCAGCCAUGGCUAACAUGAUCAUGGCCUCUUCCAAGUCUCUAAUAACCUCUUCCAUUCCCCCCACCCCCAAACUCAAAUCCCAUCCCCACCCACUCCCCCAACGUUCCCUACCUAAAAUAGCGCUGCCCAAAUUCGCAAAACUCCACCAACUACCCUCCCUCCUCGCCGCCGCCACCACCUUCUCACUCGCUCACGCGCCGCCGUCACUCGCUGUGGAAAUCGAAAAGGCAGCCCUUUUCGAUUUCAAUCUCACCCUCCCCAUCAUUGCAUUGGAAUUCUUGUUCCUCAUGUUUGCCUUAGACAAGGUUUACUACACCCCACUUGGAAAAUUCAUGGAUGAAAGAGACGCCGCGAUUAGAGAGAAGCUGAACAGCGUGAAGGACACUUCUACAGAGGUGAAACAGCUGGAGGACCAGGCGGCGGCGGUGAUGAAGGCCGCCAGGGCGGAGAUAUCGGCAGCCCUCAAUAAGAUGAAGAAGGAGACUCAGAUUGAGGUGGAGCAGAAGCUGGCGGAGGGAAGAAAGAAGGUGGAGGCUGAGCUGCAGGAGGCCUUGUCUAGUUUGGAGAAGCAGAAGGAGGAAACUGUGAAAGCACUUGAUUCGCAGAUUGCAGCCCUUAGUGAGGAGAUAGUGAAGAAGGUGCUCCCUGUUUCUUGAGGAAAAAUGCCUUCUUUUGGUUUGUGGAUUGCAAGUUAUGUAUCCACUUCGAUUUGUAGUUAAUUUGGGUACCCUUUUCUUUUCCGUUCUUUCUUUUGGGUUAUGAUUGAUGUGAUGUGCAAAUGAUCUAAAGACAUACUGUAUAAUAAUUAAUGAAUGAGUGUUGGGAGUUACUCUGUUAAGAUUUGUGUUUA